CGCGGCGCGCUGGGCGCCACCCUCCCGCUUCCUCCUCUUUAAAGGCGCAGCUGCAGCUGCAGGUCGCUCUCUGCACGCUCCCGACGCGCUCCGCCUUUGUCCACCAGCAGCCUCGGUAGACAACGAGGGUCGGGAGGGGCUAGCAAGUCGAGGGGGAGGAAGAAGAGGAAGAAGGGGACGACGCCUGCUCAAGGGUUGCACAACGACAUGGCCGAGUUGGCGAGUGCGCACCCGGGAGACGCGAGUCCCGCGCGGACCUCCGUGGUCGGCCACCUGCCGCGGGAUUUCAUUUCGCUGCAUUACAGUCAUUUGACCCCAAGUAGGCAAGAAGACCAGGAAAUUGUACCGCUCUGCAGCUUCUCCCCGGAUUCCUGGGACUCAGACUCCUUCCUUGGGUUCCAGAGUCCCCUGGGGAUACGAGCAACUCGCGGACGGAACAACUGCCGGGGUGAGGAGGACAUGGAAGAAGAGGUGGUAGUGAGGAGGAGGCGCAGGAAAAUGGACUAUGGAACUCCCACGCCGGUGAGCGGCACCGAGAGCCCGCUUGCCCUGCUCACUCAGCUCACCCCGCUUGCCCACAAGCUGCAAGACGUCAACAAAGAGAACUGCCAGGUUCCCCCCAGCAUGGCGAGCCUCUUCACCGCACCCAUGGUGUCGCCGGCGGCGGGGAUCUUUCAUCCGACCCCGCCGCCUCCCUCCGGCAGCGGGGGGCUGCAGUUGUGGAGGGGGCCACGCAUCCCCCUGUCUCCCCUCACCCCCGGCGACGGGUCGCCCACGGGGUGCCUCAAGCGCCCUUUGCACCGGGCGAGCACGGCCGAGUCGCUGACGCAGAAGCGGCGCCGUGCAAUCGCCCCCCUCUUGGUGCCGUCGGUGCCGCGAUCGCCGUCGGCGCCAUCGCUGUCGCCGCCACCAUUGAAGGCGCCCACAGGAAUGUGGGACCAUGAGGCUGUGCAGCAGGCGCUGGACGCGUGUCUGGACGAGGAGAAGAUGCUGGGAGAUUUCUCUCGGCCGUGUUCGCUGCCCACGGUGUCCGGGAAGCACCAGGACCUUAACUACAUCACCCAGGACACGAUGACCGCUCUGCUGCGAGGUGAAUUCUCCGGCUCCGUGCCGCGCUUCCUGGUCCUCGACUGCCGCUACCCCUACGAGUUUGAGGGGGGCCACGUGCGGGGGGCCCUCAACCUCUUCCGCGAGGAGCAACUCGUGCAACAGCUGCUGCGGGGGGCCCCAGCCCCCAAUUCAUCGGCGAGCGAGCAGCUGGUGCUCGUGUUCUACUGCGAGUUCUCCUCCGAGCGGGGCCCCCGCCAGUGCCAGACUCUGCGGCGCAUGGACCGGGAGGUGAACUCGUACCCAACCCUGCACUACCCGGAGAUGUACGUGCUGCGAGGGGGCUAUAAGGACUUCUUCCCACACUCGCCGGACAUGUGCAACCCCAGCGCGUACCGCCCCAUGCGGCACCAGGAUUUCAAGGAUGAGCUGCGUCGCUUCCACAGCAAGAGCCGCUCAUGGGCUCACACGCGGCCCCGCAGCACUGCUGUGGCGCUGCUCACGCGCAUGCACACUACCUGAGGCCCACACUCGUCGAGCAAUUCGGGGGGGAAACACGAAGGGACUGCAGUGCUUCGACUCGGUUAUUCCAUAAGAGGCCUGGAAAACUCCCAAGAGAAGAUUGGGUGGCUCGAUGAGGCAUUCUGCGAUUCUGCGAGCGACGGGGCAACCUGGGACACCCAGGGAGCUGGAGGAACUUUGAGACCCAGGAGCCCCACGCGUGGCAUUGGAACUAACUCUCAAGCAACCCAGGGACUCGAUGCCUCUUCCCACUGUACAACAGCCUUGUCAGGGCCAUGCUGAGCCAGCCCAAUGCGGCACCAGGUGCUGGGUCGGUUUUCCCCACUAGAUUCCAAUCUUUUGCUGCCGACAUCACGAGCUAUUUAUGCUCAUGUUGUGAUCAAAACAAUUAACUCGGACCCUGCUCGACCCCCAAGCCAGAUUCAAGAUGUCUUGCGAAACCAGUUUAAGAAUGUCUCUUGCUCGACUUCAAAUAAGAUGGCGGAAAACCACCCAUACCAGCAGGGCCUCACUGACGUGUCUCGGAUGCAUUCGUGGAACGGGGGCUACAAGAGAAUACCUGGGGGGAGGGCUGCUGCUCCCUCUGCGUGGUGUGGAGCCCAUGUGCUUCCAUCUUAGGAAUGGUUCUCUGCCAGUGUGUGUGAUCGUGUAGUAUGAGUGACCUAUGAAUAUUUUAAUUUAGGACUUGUGAUAAAUUGGUGUUAUUUUAAAACCCAAACAUAUCUAUGAUCCUCUGAGUGGUUAACUGCUUUAGUGUGGGUGACAUGGUUGUGAUUUGUUUUAUUUAGGAUUUAUUGCUGUAGUAACAUUGAAACCAGAACGUUUGAAACUAUUUAAGGUGUCAGCAUGUGAUUAGGAAGUGUAACUGACUGGAGUGGUUUCCUCGAAUUUUAAGGACCAGGAGUUCACGUUUUAAUUUAUUUGCUGCAAUAGGCUGUGGUACUAGUUUUCAAAGUUAAUUUUAAAAAAAUGUUCAUGACUUGUGGUGGACAAGCACUGAAGGGCCAUUUCCUGAAGCGGUCAUUUCUAAGGCCAUAGUUUGAAAUGUUAAAGGUGAAUUGUUUGCAUGUAGCUCAAAUGGUUGUGAUUUGUAUUUUGAAUUCGUAUUAUGGCUGUUUAUAUACUGCAGUUAUUUUCCUCCCCUGAAACCACUUUACUAGAAAUGUGACAUUUAAAGGGUAGGUUAUUUUGGGUACAAGUUAAUUUUUUUAUUCAGGCCUGUAGCACCAAGUUAGUGGUUUCCAUUACCUCUUGUAAAGAAGUGUUACUUUAUACAAUGCAAGUGCCUUUUGUGGUUUAGCAGAGGCUAGUGGUUUAGUACAGUCGGGCUUGAGAUUGAAUUAAGUUUACUUUAGCUGCUAGUUUAAAAUUAAGUUCAGUGUAGAUUGUUUGACAGGUGUGCACUAAACAUGUUUCACCUUCAUGGCCCAACAAUCCCUUUGUGCUCACCAACCCCUACCCUAAACUGUAAUAAAUAUCACACCACCACUCCUGCUCUUGUGACUU